GUGGAGUAACAGCUUUCACCAUUUGUUAUGUUUGCUUAAAAUAUGGCCUUCAUCCGUGCAAAGACGUGCACAGCUGCAUUAUAUUCUGAGCUUUCUCCAUACACAAUUAUAAUAAGUGUGAACCAUUUGAUGUCAAAGUCAAAACAUUGUUAUGACUUUAACUGAAGCUUUAAUCGUAUUAGAUACCAAUCAAUUCAAAAUAUCCAUAUUUAUUAUAAAAAAAAUGAUAAUAUUUCUAAGCGAUUUACAAAAGGAGCAUUUGAAGUUACUUCACGAACAUUCCGCUCAAGUUUUAGUUGACUUUUGUAAACUAACGAUAGACUUUCUUAAUAAUGGAAUCAACCAGAAGAAAUGUGCCAUUGCUGCAGAAAGGUUAAAUGUACCACCAUUAGUUAUACAGAAUCUCAUAUACGCCUUAGCUUACCUUCUUGUUGAAGGAUGUAAGCAUAAUCUUUUAGAAACAAAUUUUAAUUCUUCACUUGCUAUAGCCGGCUUUUCACCUGAACACCAACAAGUUUUACUUAAACUAUAUAAUACAAAGAAAAAAGAAAUAUCUGAAGCACUAAAUUUGCUUCAACAGAGUGAAGCAAGCUAUCAAGACUUAUUAUGGAGAUUUGAAAUACAGGUCGCAUCACAAAAUUCAAAUGAAGAAAUAAUACCUAUGGUUGCAAUGGAUUUUGUUUUGUCUACACCAAAAAAAGUUUCCGAACAUAAUGAAGAUCAUUCUAAGGUGAAUAAAGAAAGCAGUACAAUAUCAGAAAAUACCAUUAAUAAGACUAUUGAAGAUGCCAAAACAGCCAGUGAGUGCCAGAAUAUUAUAAGUCAUGUUCUACUGCAAUGUGAUUUACCGAACCUUCUUCAUCUAACAAACAGAUUGGAAGAAGCAUUGAAAGAAUCAAAAAGCCAACAUGUACGGAAAGUGCAAAGAGCUUUGUAAAUAGCAUAUAUAGUAUAUCUAUAUGUAUAUCAAUAAUAUAAGGCUGUAGAAAAACAUUCUUUUGUUUGAGAUUUCAGUUUUAAGGUCAAAAUUUGAUUUAAUGACAUAAAAUAUUAAAUUAUGUGGAUAAUCACAUAUAAGUACAUAAUAUUAUGUUAAGGGAAAAAUUUGCAGUUGUUUUGGUUCUAUCAAUAAAUAUACAAGGGCUUA